CAAGGCUUCCCGGGCCCGAACCCGAACCCGCCCUGGUACGGCUAUGGCUCGCCGCCUCCGCUGCAGCAUCAGGGCCAGCGAUAUCCCGGCGGUCCUCCUCCUUCCUCUCAAUCUCCUCAGCCUCCGGCUGGACAAUACCAGUACCCCCAAGCAGCUGGUCCGCAAUACCAAGGCCAUCCCGCUCCCCCGCCCGGUCAGCAGCCUCCGUAUGGCCAGCAGUAUCCGCAGCCGUACAGCCAGCCGCCCGGAUAUCCUCAGCCGGGCUACCCUCAACAGCAAUACGCUCAACCCCCAGCCCAGCAGCCCUAUUACAACGCCCCCAUACACGUAUACUCAACACCAGCCUCCCCCGGCUACGACCUCUCUCAGCGCAGUUCCCUUGCACGCAUCGACACCUCCACAGACAUUGAAGUCCUCCGCAAGGCAAUGAAGGGCAUGGGCUGCGAUGAGCGCGCCCUCAUCCGCGUCUUCGCCAGCCCGAAAUACCAGCACCCCUUCGCCCUACAACAGCUCCGAAACGACUAUGACGCCCGCUUUGUGCGCGACCUCAAUGGCGACAUCAAGGGCGAGACAAAGGGCGAGUUUGAAGACGUCCUGCUGGCGCUCCUCAGGGGCCCCCUCGCCCACGACGUCUUUACUCUCGUCAAGGCUCUCGACCGGGCGGGCACCGAUGAGGAAGCCCUCAUGGAUGUCCUCCUGUGCCGCUCCAACGCCGACGUCAGCGCCAUUGUUGCCGAGUUCAGGCACGUCACUGGCAGGAACCUGAUUGACGUGAUCAAGGACGACGUCGACGCCAACCUCUUCCGCCUCUACAGCAUGGUCCUGUCCGCGACCCGCGCCGAAGACGCCGCACCGGUCGUCCCCGUGGACAUCGAGGCCAAGGUCACCGAGCUGCAGCGGGCAACGGAGGGCACCGUCGGCGCAAACACCAUUGCCGUGGCCCAGAUCCUUACGAGCGCGAACGCCGCCCAGCUGCGCGCCAUGAGCGACGCCUACCAGCACAAGUACCAUCGCAGUCUGCAGGAUGUCAUUGAGCGCGAAUUCAGGGGGGACAUGGAAGAUGCGCUGUUGCGGAUCCUGACGUCUGCUGCGGGAGAUGGCGGGAAGGCUGAUGUGGAUUGGCUGAGGGCGCCGCUGAUGAAGACGAUGAAGAAGCAUGGCCUCUUCAUCUACCGGGCUCUGCGACUGUAUUGGGGGGACAAGGCGAGACUGCAAGCUGCUCAGAUGGCGCAUCAGCGGUAUUACCACAAGAUGCUGGGGACGCAGUUGAAGGAGUCGCUGAGCGGAGACUAUGAGGAACUCAUGAUUGCGUUGAUUGGGGAA